CAAUUUUCUCUUUUCAUACAAAUGACUAAACGACCGUCUGAAGAAGACGACUUUUUUAUAUCUGACCAUGGUUUGAACACCGAAUCAGAACUUGACAUACUACGAUCAAAAUUAUCUCGACUAGAAGAAGAAAAAAUAGCACUGAAACAUAAACUUGCAGAAGAAAAACUUGCCUACUUGAUCUCCACCUCAUUUGCUGAUAUUAUUCAAGAUCCAAGAAGACAAAAAGCUAUCGAUAUGAAAGAAGUACACAAGAAGAUUAUACAACAAACGGUUGCAGCGACACAAGCAAGACGCGUGCAAGAAGUCAUGUCUAGUUACAGGUUAGCAGGAUACACGACAUUCACUUUCCAAAACAAGUACAUGGGGGUUCGACUGGAUACUUUUUAUAACCGACAUUAUUAUGAACCAUACUACAUAUUCCUCCCCAAAGAUAAACCAGACAUCAUUGAAAGACAUACCGUUCCCUUUUUUAUUCCUAUCAAGCUUUUGGCAAAACGUCUUCUACCGGACAAUUUGGAUUCAUUGCUUCGAAUACUUCAUGAUUUAUUGUUGGCCUAUGUAGCAAAAAGAGAACAGGUCAAAGCAUUGAAGUGUCAUGUGGACACAUCGAUUAUUAAGGUGAAUGUAGAUGAUGCCUCCUUUUCUGCAGUAGAAAUCAUUGUACCUGAUGAAGACCCAAGGUAGAUCAAACAGAUACAAUGAAACCACUUUAUAUAUAUAUGUUGGGUUAACACUUCUUUUUUUUUUUACUAUUAUCAUGAUGAUGAUGAUGAAUGAUAAUAAAGUCAAAUGAUAACUGUGACUCUCUACUAUAAUAAUCCUUCCUCUAUGUAUCCAAGCCGAGUACGGGUUCGGAUGUCAAAGCGACAAUUGGAGAGACGACAACAUAUCGAAGAUCAAUUUAUGACCAAACCCAUGGUACAAGCAUACAAAGCCGCCUUCAGAUAGCCUUUUUAUUUUCUUUCCUUUUUGCAUCUUUUUUUUUUUUUUUUUGUCAACCA